CCAGGUGGCAGCACACGUCGCUAUCAGCUGUUGCGCUUUUACAACUUUGCCGAUAGUUUACUUUAGACCUUUCAAUUUUGAUGUACAUGCCAUUUUUAUUUUUUUAUUAAAAGUAUGAAUAAAAUGAACAAGUGCCUCAAAAUAUCUUUUUGUAACUGUAUUCGUAGCUAACAAGUUUUACAUGCAAAGAAUAAUAAAAUAAAUAAGCAACCGAUUGAAUUUUGUUAUGACGAAAACAAGAUUACAGCUUCUUAAUAAAUCCACAUUUUUUUGACAUCGAUCUCUUUGUGGGUUGAAAAUGAUGAAUAAAAGUAAAGCAGAUAUUGUGAAGGAAGCAUGUCCGAUACAAGCCAGAAAAAUUGGCCCCCAGAAUAUAGUUUUAAGAUUACGACGCAGGGAGACGUUAGGAUGUUUACAUCCCGGCACACAUGUACACACGGCCAGACAAUUUUAUCAGAACAUUUUUCCGAACUACACGGUGGUCAACGUAGAGAAGCCGCCUUGUUUUCUCAGAAAAUUUAGUCCUGAUGGAAAGUAUUUGGUGGCUUUUAGUGCAGACCAGUCCUCACUCGAAAUAUACGAAUAUCAAGGUGCAGGUGCUGCUGGUGAUAUGCUUGUUGGAUGUAAAGAUGAUUAUAUUGGUAACAAGAAUGAUCCAAAGUCAUUUGAUUUGAGAAACUUUAUUUUUAGAAAAUUCUUCAAGAUUAAGUGGGUUGUUAAUAUUGUUCAAAGUAAUGAGCAACUUAAUCGAGAAUGCAGUUUAUUUACUGACGAUAGUCGUUAUGUGAUAGUUGGUUCUGCAGCAUUCAUUGCAGAUGAAGUACGACCUCAUUUUUAUCAGAUUUAUACUAACAAUGAAGCACUUUGUCCAAAUCCUAGAGCUCCAUUAGAAGAUAUAAGUAUACAUUUGGUUGAUAUUAAAAAUGGUAAAUUAUGUGAUACAAAACAAUUUAAAAUAGAUAAAAUUUACCUUUCUCAAAAUCAAGGCGUAUACUUGUACAAAGAUACUUUAGCAGUUUUGUCAGUGCAGCACCAGACUAUUCAUAUGUUUCAAUUGAUAGAUGGAAUGUUUAUAAACAUUCGAAAAAUUGGGAGGUUUUGCUUAGAAGAUGAUGCAUUUAUAUUAAGUCUUGGUUGGCCUAGACAUAACACAAGACCUGUUCGAGAUGCGACUAUAAGCAGUUUGAAACAUAAACUUCUUGUAUUUUUAUAUAACAGAGCUAGUUAUUUAAGUCAUGUUUCUCAUAAUCCGUAUGAGUUAAGAAAGUUUUAUCAACAUUUUGACCAAUUGAAAUCAUUGAAAAUGUGGAAAAUGCAGUUACUAGACACAGAUCAUAUUUUGAUACGAUAUGCUAGUGAAGAUGUUGCAACUUUGCAAGCAACUGAACCCAAUUCUCAGCCAGCUCUCAUAGUUAUUUACAAUAUGUCCUCUGCAAAAAUUAUAGCAGUUCAUGAUAAUGCAUCACGGGACCUUUUGAUGCAUUUUGAAAAUUUUACAGAUUGUUUUAGAAAUACAAGAGUAGGUAAUGCAGAUGGACAAUAUGUGUGCUCUCCAUCCAAUAAUAUUUAUGCCAGAUUAAUACAGCAAAGAUUGAAGCAAACAUUUAUAAGUGCACGUUAUGGUGGAAUCACAGAAGCUACAAAACGAUUACUUGCCCAGUUACCUAUUUGUGCACAAUCAUAUUCUACUUCUCCGUACCUUGAUUUAUCAUUGUUUUCUUAUGAUGAUAAGUGGAUUUCUAUGUUAGAAAGACCAAAAACAUGUAGUGAACAUCCUAUUAGAUUUUAUGCCAGAGAUUCUGGUAUUUUGAAAUUUAAAUUGCAUGCAACAGUUCCCUCAAGAGCAAACAAUGGAACACAUGCCAGAAAACUAGUUGCCUUUACAUUUCAUCCAACUGAUCCAUUUGCAAUAUCUGUGCAACGAACUAGUGCAGAAUAUAUUGUGAGUUUUCAUGUGCGACAUGACCAUACAUGAACUGUAAUUCGUUUCCAAAAAGUACUUGAAUUGGCUGUAAUAAUUUAAAUGUUAUUCAUUAUAUCUGUAAAAAUGUUGUAUAUUAUUUGUACAGUAUCUAAGUAGUAUUUAAAACAACAAACAAAAUCAGUUUUUAUGUUAUUAAAUAAGAAAUAUUUUAUCAAA